UAGUCGAAAUGGUGGGUGUUUACGCUUUGGGGCUACUGUUCGUCCUCGGACUGGCGCAGGCGAGUCCGGCUUUGAGAGAAAAUGAGCCGGCUUACGUUUCAGACAUUAAAGGCUUAAAUACUCGCAUCGUUGGAGGAUGGGAAGCGGUAUUAGGCCAGAUCCCGCACCAGGUCAACAUUCGUAUGGUAGCGGCGGUCGGCUCAGUAACCUCGUGUGGAGGAUCCAUCAUUCAUAACAACUGGGUCAUCACUGCUGCCCACUGCCUUGCUAACCGUGUGUCAUUUGUGAUACGUUUUGGAGUCGUAGAACUCAUACGUCCAACGUAUAUCAUCGAAGAACAUUCGAGCAACGCUUUCAUUUAUCCUAGUUAUAACGUUAGUGUCAACGCUGUGCAGAGAGACGACAUCGCUCUGAUUAAAUUGAGUCGAAGCAUUCCUUACGGACCCAACAUUCAGCCGAUCCGCAUGCAAAGCUCUGAACAAAAAGACGUUGAUUAUAACAAUGUUGUCCUCACUGUGAGCGGCUUCGGUCUUACCAAUGACAUUUGGAAUGGUGGUGCCGCUUCCCAAGUUCUUCUGUGGACCUUCAACCGUGGUAUCAGCAACGCGGAAUGUCGCCGCUGGUUCCUUUCCGUCCACCCGCAAACUGUUUGCGCACAGUACUACAACAACACAAUUCAAUCGGCUUGCUCGGGAGACAGCGGCGGUCCGCUGACAAUGGUGGAUGAGGAUGGUAAACUCACCAUGAUUGGUAUUGUGAGCUUUGGCUCUACCGCUGGCUGUAGUAGUAUAUUCCCCACAGCUUACGUCCGACCUGGAUACUACCAGGACUGGAUCUAUGAAGUAACAGGCAUUGACUUCGACUGGACUAGUUCUCCUAAGCCUGAACCUGAGCCUGAACCUCAACCUGAACCAGAACCCGAACCCGAACAGGAACCGGAAGAGUCCAUAUACUACUAAUGUAAUUAAUUUAAAAAUAACCAAAUUCAACGUGCGAGUUAUUAUUUUAUAACUCGUUUAAAUGUAAUAAUUAACAUUUAUCGCGUUCAGCGUUAUUGUAUUAUGUUAUUUCUUAAGUAGUAAAUGAUUCAAUAAAGAUUAAUAAGGAUUA